AUGAACAACAAUGCCAAUCACACAUGGCCCGACGCCGUCACCGAGUUGAGGCUGCGCAGCGGCAUCACGACAGGCGACACUCUCCUCCCCAACUCGAUCACGGCAAAGGGGUGGCUGGCUUGCGUUGCGUUCUCUUUAUUGAACGGCCUCCUCGACAGGCUGUUACGGUACAACCAGAAGGAUCCCCUUCGCCGAGCGCAAGUCACAAGGCGUCGGCGUCGGUUGGAUGUAUGGGAAGAGAGGCAGCACAGUGGGCUCGAAAAGCUUCAUGAAGUUCUGUCGGAUAUGGACAUCCCAGAGGUGGACUUGAAUACGGUGGACAUGCAUGAGUGGCUCGACUACGCUUUCUAUCGAUCAUGA